AUGCCUUUUCUGGGGCUCGCAUUCUUAUUUUUCGUGUCAAGAUUCUGCGAAGCGAAUGUGGUGUUGACCUAUCCACAGGCUCGAUUCCCUCCGCUCGAUUUCCUUCCGACUGAACUCACACUACCACCAUGCGGUGUUCCAAAACCCACCAAACCAUUUUAUACGGAUCUCAGAAUCGGCGAAGCGUACAAUGUCACGUGGAUCUCGCCAUCAGUGCUUAAUGCUUCUUAUCAUAUUCGACUCAUCGAUUCCGAUGGCAUCACUGUAGAAGAUGUUCCGAUUUCUUCAGAUGCCACUUCAGCUCAAUCGAUCAGCCUCAAAACUCCGUGUGAGCAAUGUAUGCUCGUUGUCGAGCAAACUCAGAAAAACGGAAAAAGCUUCCGCUCGUGCUCCGAUGUCAACGUGAUCUCGGCAUCAAAUUCGAAAGAAGAAAAUUUUUGUGGACAACAGGGAAGCCUGAUGAAGAAUAAAUGCCAAUGCGAUAGUGGCUACACCGGAAAUCGAUGCCAAUAUUACGCUCAUUGCGAGUUAGAUUCGGAUUGCAUGAACGGCGGAAAAUGUGUUGAUCAGUCAGAUUCGCUGAUCCGAAAGAGAUGCUAUUGUGCGUACGGAUAUUUCGGGCAGCGAUGCGAUCGAAAAUUCAAUUCUCAAAAUGACGUGUGUUUCGCUUAUGAUGAGCUCGCUGUGAAUCAAUUGCCUCGAUAUGGAAUGUUCAAUUCGGAUUGUUAUGUUCAGCACGACCUCUCAGCUGAUGACCAUAUAUAUUCAAGACAAAUUGAGAAUGAAGUUGAAGUAAUUCUGGAUUUCAAAACGACAUCGUGGGCGUCGCUCGGAUGGCGACCAACAGAAUUGAGCACUUCUUGCAGACUGUUUCCCAUAUUAGAAGAUACUCGUGGUAAACCGACGCAAAUGAAUAUGGUCGAUCGGAGGGAAUUCGUUGCGAAACCAGUGAUGCCCGACAACAAUGGAUUUGCUGAAAUUGGCUUGAAAGCGCCACUUCAUGCGAUGGAUUGUGUUGAUAUUGUGAUGGGAUCUGUGAAAAAUGGACGAGCCCUCAUUUCAGAUUUCUAUUCCAGAGAUAGAUCAACCCCGCUUGAAGACUACUGGUACGAAGGAGAGAUGAGUCUGUCGGCCUCUUAUGGAAUUGAAGUUGAUGGAAGGACCAUUAUCAUGUUCCGGCGAGAAACCCGCGAAUUUGAGCCGACAGAUCAUCCCCUCGGACCAAAUGAAGUAUUCACAGUGUGGGCAAAAGGCGGAAAAUUAUCGGGAGAUUCAUUUAAAUAUCACGGCAUUAAUCGAGGAGUUGAGCGACUAAAAUUGGCUGAGAUCGUGAAUGUGACUAUCAAACCAACGACAAUGUCAAAUGAAUUGGCAUUUGGAGUGAAAAACGUUGCUCAAAAUCGUCUCGAUCCAAUGCUCUUCCCAACCACUCUUCUUCCUUCAUCAAUUAUAAACACAAAUCCAACUGUAGAAACAACAACUCCGAUAACGACGACAUCCACCAAAAUGCCGGAUUCAUCAACUACCUCGACUCUCUCAAUAGUAUUCGUACCCGUUAUUUGGUGGUUUUUGAUAUAA